AAGUGAAAUAAGUUGAGGAGUUAGUAGUUCAACAUGUCCAACAGAAGUGUUUAUUGGGAAGCGAGAAUUCUACCAACAGGUUCAUCACGAUUGUUAGGAUGGAAUGUCCCUGCGGAGGAAUUGGUUCAUAUACCGAAACAUUGGCUUAUCUAUUCUGAGCCCAACCCCUCGCUUCACUAUUUGUUGGCCAUUGUGUACACACUUUUUACCUUCGUCGCGUUGCUUGGAAAUGGGCUAGUUAUAUGGAUAUUUUGUUCAGCCAAAUCAUUGAGAACGCCUUCGAAUUUAUUCGUGGUGAACUUGGCAUUUUGUGAUUUCUUCAUGAUGCUCAAAGCGCCUAUAUUUAUAUACAAUUCUUUCAAUACGGGAUUUGCUACGGGUCAUUUGGGAUGUCAGAUCUUUGCUUUUAUGGGAGCACUCAGUGGAAUUGGAGCUGGCAUGACGAAUGCUGCUAUUGCGUAUGACAGAUACAGUACUAUAGCUCGACCACUCGAUGGAAAACUAUCACGCGGCCAAGUGAUGCUUUUUAUUGUGCUCAUCUGGGUGUAUACGAUUCCUUGGGCCUUGAUGCCGUUGAUGCACGUUUGGGGUCGUUUUGUGCCCGAAGGUUUCCUAACAAGCUGCACUUUUGACUAUUUGACGGACACGUCAGAAAUACGAUACUUUGUGGCUACGAUAUUUACCUUUUCCUAUUGUAUACCGAUGGUUCUUAUCAUAUAUUAUUAUAGUCAAAUCGUCAGCCAUGUUAUCAAUCACGAAAAAGCUCUCCGUGAACAAGCAAAGAAAAUGAACGUUGAAAGUCUGAGAAGCAAUGCAAGCACAAAUGCUCAAACUGCGGAAAUACGUAUAGCCAAGGCUGCGAUUACAAUCUGCUUCCUCUUUGUUUUAUCGUGGACUCCAUACGGGGUUCUCGCGAUGAUUGGUGCUUUCGGGAACAAAGCCUUAUUAACUCCUGGCAUCACGAUGAUACCCGCGUGUGCGUGUAAAUUUGUGGCCUGCUUGGAUCCGUACGUGUACGCUAUAAGCCAUCCAAGAUACAGGUUGGAACUGCAGAAACGAUUACCGUGGUUGGAACUACAAGAGAAGCCACCUACGGAUGCACAGAGCACUACAACUGAAAUUGUGACUGCCCCAUCGUCUUAAGUCUCACUCACGAUUCUGUUCUAGAUCAGCGCUAGAAUUUCAUUGCAACUUUUAAUCGAUUUUCUAGGUAAAAACGCCUACUGUUUUUUCGACUAUUUUGUCAUUGAUGUUUUCUAACGAGUUGGCGGACAAAAAUAUACAAGUAAAAAUGAUUAAAAGAAAUGUAAUAGAAGUUAAAUUCUAUAGCAAAAGUGAGCUAUUAGGUCAACACUGGACGUGCUUUCGUGUUCGUAUUUAUAUGUUUAUUUCUCGGUUAACAUACGUUUUGGUUACAAAACGUUUUGACUCUCUUCAGUGUGUAUGAUACAUAGAUAUAUUACAUAUAGAUAGAGCUUUGUACCAUUUUUGCUAUAAUGCAACACCUGCCAAGAUAAUGACGGUUUUUCCUCCUUUGCGCAUGUGCAUUCGUAUAUUUAUCUCUGCAGAUACAGCACUUUUACAUAAAAUUAGGUUAUAUCCUUGGCUGCAUGGAUAAACACUUCUGUUUUUUGAAGAUAAAUGCGUGAUUGCACAUGCGCGAGGGAGGAAAAGAUAAUUUUAUCUUGGCAGGCGUAAGAUUCACAAAGCUCUAUCUAUAUAUAAUAUAUCUAUGGUAUGAUAUUAAUAGCGUUUUCGAUUAUACAGGAUUUGAACGACCCAGGG